AUGGACGACUCGAGCAAUCCUUCUCACACAACUGAAGUGUCUCCCGAAGCAGGAAAAAUACAUGGAACUACUUCUACAGGAACUAUGAACGACAAUCAUGGGUCUAUUUUCGAUGAGUUACAAUCUCCGGUUGGCGGCUCACUUUUUGAUUCUGACUCCGAUUCAUCCGAGGAUGAAGAAAUAGAGACAGUGUCAUACAUCCCUGAAUGUCCUUCCCAAAUGAAACCACAUAUUGGCCAGGUUUUUCAUACCUUAGAUGAUGCUACAGUCUUCUAUAAUAAAUAUGCACGGCAGGUAGGGUUUGACACCCGUAAACAUGGAUCUAAAAGGGUUGGAGAUCUGGUCACAUGGCUAUACGUUGUGUGUAGUAGAGAAGGUGAGAAGCGAGUGAAUUAUAAACAGCCUGAGACUAAACGUAGACGUUCAUCUAGAAAGUGUCUUUGUAAGGCUAAAGUUGCUUUUAAGUUUUGCAAGGGUACUGGUUAUGUUGUUAAACAGUUUGAAGAGCGACAUAAUCACGAUAUGGUUCAAUUACGUCACAAGCGAUUUAUGAGGCUCAAUCGCAAUAUCGACCCAGUGCAUCAGAAAUUCAUAGCAGAUUGCGCAAGUGCAAAUAUCGGUCCCACGUUGACUUUUAGUCUGCUUAGCGAGGUAUUAGGUGGUUUGGAUUACGUCGGAUGCACCGUUGUCGAGGUUCGCAACUAUAGGCGUGAUCUUAGAGCAUAUGUGGAUGGUGCUGAUGCGCAAAUGGUAUUGAAUGAUAUGAAGCGGAAGAAGGAGAUAUGUUCGUCGUUCACCUACGACUUUGAGGUAAACUCUAAGGGUAGGCUUACACGUCUUUUCUGGUGUGAUCCUAUUGCCAAGCACAAUUACCAUUUGUACGGUGACAUUGUCUCUUUCGACACAACCUACUCAACAAAUAGGUAUUGUAUGAUUUUUGCUCCAUUCACGGGCAAAGACAAUCAGGGCAGACCCGUUACAUUUGGUGCAGGAUUGUUAUCGAAAGAGAAUGCUCCUUCUUUCGAAUGGUUGUUUGAAAAGUUUGUUAAAUGCAUGGGCGCUGCUCCCAAAUUGAUCAUUACUGAUCAGGAUUUGGGAAUGAAGGUGGCUGUUGAUAGUGUUCUAGUUGAUACAAGACAUCGAUGGUGCAUGUGGCACAUCAUGUUUAAGGUCGUUGAAAAAUUACCCAAGAAUCAGCUCCACAAUGAGGAUUUAAAGAAGGACUUAAAUAAAUGUGUGUGGUCGGAGUUGACAGAUCCUGAAGAAUUUGAAGAAACCUGGAAUGAAAUUAUGGAAAAAUACGGCCUUGCAAACAACGAGUGGUUUUCGACAAUGUUUGCCAAUCGAAAAUUUUGGGUUCCAGCCUACUUCAGGGAUUUUCCAAUGAGUUCAUUGAUUAAGACCACCUCUGUAUCCGAGUCUCAGAACAGUUUCUUCAAGAGGCACACUAAGUCUCGAUGUAAUCUAGUCGAGUUUCUUAUGCAUUACAACAAUGCGUUGGACGCCCAAAGGAGCAAUAGCAACAGGUUUGAAUAUCAUGACUCCAACACUACCCCAAUGUUGAAAACAAAUUCUGCGUUUGAGAGGCAUGCGUCAACAAUCUACAGUGCCGGUGGGUUUAAGGAAAUUCAGGAAGAGAUUGAGGAAGCAAUUGAUUGUUGCACCAUGGUAAAGACUUCAAACGAGGAUGACACUGAAAUAUAUGUGAUCAAUGACAAGUUCUCUAAGGACUGGUCCGUUUCUUAUUCCGUCUCUGGAGAUUCAUACGUAUGUGGGUGUAAACUAUUUCAGAGACUUGGACUCGUAUGUAGCCAUAUUUUUUGGGUCUUACGAAACAAAAAAUUGAAGCUGGUUCCUGAUCACUUACAUGGGGGACGUUGGUUGAAGUCUAAUUUUGUCAAGCCUGUUCAUUGUGGCUUUGUUGACGAUAUUGAAAAAGCUAUCAUCAUCGAUUCGGCAACACAAGAAUGGAGGGAUAUGCAUGGAGAUUAUUUUGAGGUUGCACAGACUAUUAAGGGAAACGUUGACCAAAUUCGUGCAUUCAGACAAAUUAUUGCUGAAGGGAAGAAAGCGAUAUUCACUGAAGGGAUUUUAUUGUCUAUUAGUGAUAAGAGGCAGAUGAUCAAGAAUUUCUAUGGGUCUCAAGCCCCUAGCGAAAUAGAUGUCCAUCCUCCCGACGUUGUCAAAACCAAGGGUUCAGGAAGACGGCCUCUUACACGCCUUGAGCAAGCUAUGAAGAUGAAGGCAAAGCCUGGUCGUAAAUGUGCCGAAUGCGGCGAGGUUGGUAAUCAUGAUGCAAGAAAUUGCAAAAAGAUUAAGGAGAAGCAAAAGAUAAAGUAA